CCGCGGGGGUUAAACGGAACAGCCUUAUUGUUAUUUUAGAGCCAUAUAGCACAUAACGUGUUAGAGGGCUUGUCCAGCUAGUUGUGUUUUCAUUUUGUGUAUUGGAUAUGAGUUAUGUAAAAUGAGCUAUGUUUGGUGCUGUGGGAUUUAUAUUGUUUAUCUUGUGUGAUUUAACUGCUGUGCUAGCUGUAAAUACGUACGAAUGUUGCAGUACAAUACCAGAAGAUGCUAAGGAUUGCAGGGAUAUUUGCCGUCAGCUGUCCAUGUCAGGGAAUCAAGUUGAGCAGAUAUCCCUGCUAGCAUCAGCGCCAUCAAAGUGUCCACAACAUUUGCUUGACUUUUGGUCAUGUGCAAAGAAGUCACUGCCUGCAUUACUAGAAUUGGGAACAUUCUCUGGGCGACCCUGCUGUAACAUGACCAAGACAAAGGCUUGCAGGGAAGCAUGUAUAAAGGCACAGUCAGAAGCAGACGUCGAAGCCCAGUGUAGCCACAGUACAGAAGAUGCAAAACUUUAUGAAUGUAUAGAUAGGCAGCGAGAUGGUGAGAAGUGCUGUGGCAAAGCGAGUGCCACGGACAGUCUCGAGUGUAAAGCCACAUGCUGGAACAUGUAUUUAACAAACACGAUCUCUGACCAUGAAAGUAAAAGAUCACUACGGCAAUAUUGUACAGGUCGGAAUCGGGAAGUUUGGCAGUGUGUACAGAAACAAACACGUACAACUCGACAAAGUAGUAACAUAGAAAGUUUGCACUGCUGUGAACAUACAGAUAAUGAGACGUGUAAGAAAGUGUGCACAGAAACGUUACGAAGUGGAAGCAAUCCUGACCAAAUCAUCGAACAAGUCAUAGGGUCUUGUGGAAAUGUUGACAUCAUUCAUCCUCUGUACAAGUGUUUCCUGGUACUGAAUUACUCCUACAGAUCUGGCAAUACAGCUGGGAUGGACUCCUCCAAACUUCAUUGUUGUGAAAAAGCCGAGACUAAAAGAUGUGGUACUCUGUGUGCAAAGGCACAUGCAUGGAAGUGGGACAGUAUUGCAAGGUUUGAGGAGAACUGUGGCUACCUCUCAUCCCCUAUUUCAACUCAAGAACUUCAAAUGCAUAGCUGCUUAAAAGAUGUCGAGCAGCCAUGUCAGCUUGGUUGUCAAGGGUUACAAUAUUGUACGAACAUGAACAACCGGCCAGCGGAACAUUUCCGGAGCUGUACAGCGGAGGCGGAUACUGCUGCGAGAGAUGAUAUACUAAUGUGGCAGAAAGGAAGAAUUAAACUGCCUAACCUCUCCAUUCCAGUCAAAGAUGUUCGUAAUUGUGAACCAAAGAUGUGGAAAGCUAUUGCAUGUACAUACCAAAUCAAGCCAUGUUCGAGAAAACCAACACCCACACAGAUAUGUCGUGAGGACUGUGUGUAUAUAAUGAACAAAUGUGUUGAUACGUCACAGCUUCAAGGUCAGGUCGUUACAGAUGUAUGUAAGAGGUUACCGAUCGAGGCUAGUGGAGAAUGUAUCUCAGUUAAACCAUAUACAGUUGAAAGUCCUGUACAAAGCAUACAUUCAGAGGUAUCGCAUCCUUGUAAGUCGAACACAUGUAAGGAUGAUGAAGUUUGUGUGUUGUAUCGUAGAAAGUGUAGACACUCAGCAAAAUGUCCUCACUAUGUCUGCAGAAAAGGUUGUAAAAUGGGUCAGGUGUCUAGAGUUAUGGUACCAUACAGUUCUGAUGUGAUAAUUCCUGUCAACAAGAACGGGGAUUCCAACUCGUGCCGGCGCUACAAAGUUUGUCAUUGUUCACACAAUGGAAUGCUUGGCCACUGUACAGAAAUACCAUGUAUAAAGAAUGGCCAUUGUACAUUGGACAAUGGAGUCAUCGAAUCUGGUGAACAUUUCACGACAGGCUGCAGUGACUGCGUGUGUCAUGCUGGGGAGAAAAUAUGUUCACAGAGACAGUGCCCAGCCAUGUCUGUUGUCAAUCAGAUGGAAUUUGCAGAUGUUCAAAAUUGCCAGUGCAGUCGUAAAUACAAGCCUGUAUGUGCAAGCAAUGGAAAGACGUACCCUAACCAGUGUAUCUCAAGGUGUGCUGGCCAAACUCUGUUCAGUCAGGGACCCUGUAAUGUGCACGAUCCAUGUGCUAGCAACCCAUGUGAGACUGGAUACAGUUGCAUAGUCAACAAACAGGUGUGCUUCGGUCAUGAAAAUAGUCCCUGCUUACAGUAUAAAUGUGUGGCUGUUAGUGAGUGUAAUGAACAUGAUCACGAGCCUGUUUGUGACACGAAGGAUAUGGAAUAUACCAACGACUGUGUUCUGUUGUCAAAGAGUAAAACUAUGAAAUAUAGAGGCCAUUGUCAGGUUAGACAAUGUUCCAACAGCGGAAGUGUUUGUGGGCACGAUGGGGAAACCUACAAUUCCGAAUGUGCCGCACUUGCUGCCAGAAUUACUGUCGACUAUUUUGGACCGUGCAAAACAUUUGGAUACUCUCUGGCAACUGUUGAUGGUAAGGAUCCUAAAGAGACCCUGUGUAGUGAUGUGGAGUGCCCAGCUGUAGUACCAAAAGGUUGUCAUGGGAUCAUACCUCCCUGGUCAUGUUGUCCAAUUUGUGCGGCCGAGUUACGUGUUCUUGUGAGCUCUUCUCUAGCGCACAUGUCAAUUGAUGUUAAAAAGGGACCAGUCACAUUAAACAAGAUUAUUACAGCUCUCUCACAGAUGAUUUCUGUGUCAGAAUGUGACGUGUUUGGUUACCUUGGUUACGAUAAUGACAUCAUUAUACUUGUUGCCCCGGUAACAGAUGAGCCUACCAUUUUACAGACAACAGCAUGUGUUAAAGAAGCGGAGAGAUUCGAAUACCUUAUAAAAUCUAGAAGCCCAUCAGUGACUUCAAAUUUAUUAUUGACACCGUUAAUUUAUGCCAAAUUACGAACUCAUGUGAUGACAAUGACAUCAGCUGCGUCAGCAUUUUAUACUCAACCUAUGUUGUUAGUGACCUUGACACUUAUGUUGAUACAUUUUUCCCACAAAAUUCGAGGAUUUGUGUGAUUUUUGAUAAAUGACAUUGCAGAAACUUACAUAGAAUCUCAUGUAUUCCUGAAAUUCAAGGGCAGGAAUGCUGUUCAGCCAAGCAUUAUUACAGAACAAAGGGAGAGAAUGCAUAAUAAAGGAGCAAAGAAUUUCAAGACAUGGUGAUCUUUCUUGUUUUAAAUAUUUUUUUUGUAUUUUUUUUUUUUCUUUUUCUUAAAUUGGUGUAGAUUUUUUACUAAAUAAGGUUUUAUUACCGUUUUUUCAUAUUAAGAGUUUCUUGUAAAGAGAAUGCGUAUUUUGGAGCAAAGAAUUUAUUGGAUUAUUAGUAAAAUAAUUUUUCAUCUUUUAACAUUGAAAUGAUUAUCACCAUUUACAUUUUACGUUUAAACAGCAUAAGUUCAAAAUUGUUAAUGCUUAAGUGGUUUUUUUUUGGUUGUUUAAAGAAUAUUCAGUACAUACCAAAAAAGGU